CAGCAGGGGCCGCGCGCGGUCCCCGUCGCUCCUGAGUAGACGGUCAUACCCAGAAGAUCUCUCCUGCGACCACCAGCCCCGUCCUCCGCUCAUACAGCAUGGAGCUCUGAGUCUCUGUUACGGAAAGCAGGACAAUGUCUUCAUCGUCUCCGCCUCCAGAUUUACAACACGAAGCACCCAAAGAGAAAGAUUAUCGAGUUCCAGGCCUUCGAAGCGUCCGGACCACCUCCCUGUUCCGUGCUGUAAACCCAGAACUUUUCAUUAAACCUAACAAACCUGUUAUGGCUUUUGGGCUUAUAACGAUUACACUUUGCGUAGCCUACAUUGGGUAUUUGCAUGCCCAGCAAGAGAAUAAAAAGGACAUCUAUGAAGCUAUUGAUAGUGAAGGAAACAGAUAUACAAGACGGAAGGCUUCAAAAUGGGACUAAACAAAUUAACGUAAUGGUGUGUAUGAAUCAUCACAGAUGGAGACAAAUAAUUGGAUGCAGCUUUCUGAAUUAUGCAUUUUCAGGCUUCAUCUGGGGCAUCAACGCUUUUCAAUGCGAUAAUGAAUGUUUCUCCUGAAAUAUAACCCAAUUUAAUCCACAGUAUAAAAUGUUAUUGCCUGUAAAUACUGUGAAUAAAACUAACCUUAUCAAAAA